GGCACGGGACCAGUCUCGGGUCAGCUCGGCCACCCCAUGAUCCUGCAAAACCCGGCCCGGGAGCGACCGCGCUCAAAGCACCCCCCAACGCCGACCGUCUACAUUACCGAACGCCAACCCCGUCUGACGCCGCCGCUGCGGGAUGUCGUUCCGCGACCACGAGAUGGCGGCAGCCGUCGGGCGCCUCGUGUUGGCCUACGACGGUGCCAUCGCCGGCCUCGCGCUCGCCGCCUUCGCCGCGGUCUCCUGGGUCAAGUACCUCGCCGCCUCUGCUGCCCUCGUCCGCAUCCGCCGCGCCACCUCUGUCCCCAUCUCCGGCCUCCGCUCCCUCCUCUCAUCCGAUGAUUCCUCCGACGAGGAUGGGGUCCUUGUCGUCGUCCGAGGCCUGGUCCAGCCCAGCUCUACCGUCGAGGCUCUCGGCGUUUGGCCGCUCUCCAAGUUCCGCGACGUCCUUACCCCCCGGGGCUCCGGCGAGAGGGCCGUCGCCGUCCUCAGCACCCAAACUUGUCUGUACAAUGAAUGGAGGGGAAUGUUCGGGUGGAGUUCUGAUCUUAAUGCCCUACUUAUGAGAUCUUGGAAGGAGAGAAGGUCAAGUUCAUUGGAGUUGGUACCAUUUAUUCUUGCUGAUGGUGCCAAAUCGUCUAAUUCUGGUUAUAUUCAUGUUAAUUUGGAUGGGUCAGCCCAUCCACUACCUCUUACUACAGUUUAUCAUGAGCUGCACCCUGUUCAACUUACUCCAUGCACAUUUUUCCAGGCCAUCUUUGGUAGUGGAUAUCCUGUGGCAUUGUUGCACGAAGAAAAGAUCCUUCCUGUUGGAAAGGAGAUAACUGCAAUUGGCAUUUGUAGACCAAGAGAUGGAGCUUUAGAGAUAAAAUCGUGCAAGAAUCUUCCUUUUUUCUUGUCUGACAUGACGAAGGAUGAACUUGAGGCUGAGCUUAAUUCCAACACCAGGAUCCUGUUAUGGAGUGGCAUUUUAAUUGGAACACUGUCCUUUGGUAUAUUAGGCUACGCCUUGGUCAGGAACUGGCGGAAAUGGAAGGAGUGGAGAACGAGAAGAAGAGAGAUCCAGGACUUACAUGAUGAGUCUCUGAUUGAGAGUAGUAUGGAAGCUGAGGAUGCACCCGAGGGAGAACUUUGUGUCAUCUGCUUAUCAACACGAAGGAGAUCUGCAUUUAUUCCUUGUGGGCAUCUUGUUUGCUGUUCUCGCUGUGCACUGCAUGUGGAGCGUGACUCCUCACCAAAGUGCCCUGUGUGUCGGCAAGAUGUUCGAUCCUCAAUUCGAAUAUAUGAUUCUUGAGAUGUGGAAUGGCGAAAAGAUUGAAGAUGCGUGUUGAUGAUACAGCAUGUCAAUGCCAGUUGAUGCUAAUAAUAGCAAACUUACUUGUCGGCUAGCUGAGUUGGCUGUCUUGGGAAGAACCAAUGUGCGUGCGUCAAUCAUGUCGAUUCGUCAGUCCACCCAAAACAUAGGUUUUAUUUGUGAUUUUGUGUGCAUAAGUUAUUUGCUAGCUAAUUUUUUUGUGGAGUAAUUGUGACUAGCUAAGCUGCUGAACUACCACGAGUUGCAUAAUAUGUGUGAGCUCUUGGCUAGACAAUUAAUAAUGGGAAAGAAAAGGCACAAUGUGAUAAUUUUC